UAUGGCGGUUGAAAUUGCCAUGUUCAAGUAUUUAUGUGGCUUAUGUUUGCAUCCGUUUGAAAUAUAAAUGUUUAACACGUGUAAUUAAGGCAAUAUUGUUUUAAAUGUGUCGAGUUGCCAUGCAUGACGUCAUACACGUUAACUCGAGUUUAGCGUAAAUAACUGGAACAAAUAAUAUCAUAAAACAGAUCGGUAUAACGUUAAUCUUGGUGGUUUAGAUAGAUUAAAUGUGUAACAUAGUUUUCUUGGGUCGAACUCAUGGUCAAACUUCAUAAUUGCAGUUAUAUUAACGCCCGAUAGAGGGCGAUGUGGUCGUACUGUUAGUUCAUAGUUGCACUAAGACGAAGAAGAAUGCUGUAAACGUUACUCUGCGUGUGCUCUGUUGCUCCACUUUGGUUAUACGAAAAAAAACUUUGGUUACACCAAGAAAAAAACUUUGGUUACACGGACUUUUUAUAGAUGAUUGUUUUUUGUAAACAGUACGUUAUCAUUAAUAGUCCGUUAUAAAAAAAAACGCUGUAUUAUUUGACGUUAUUACUGUUACAAUUGCUUCAUGUAAUCACAGCAGAAGUUGUGUAAAUAACGCAAUUUGAACUUUAGCUUCUUUUGUCAGCAAUGGCAGUGUUUGCAUGCUGUGUUGAAGGCAAGCUUAAACUUGAUGAUUGGAAAGUAGGAAGAACAUGCUGGUUAAGGUGAAACUAGGGGAUGCCCAAAAAUUUGUCAAAAUAUCUGAGCUAAGACUGAAGGAUUUUUUUGUCUGCAGCCUUUCUAAAAUUUGGUGUCCCAACUGUGCCCGAGGGAGUGAAGAUUGUUGAUGAAUCGGGGACUGAGGUGGAUGAUGAUGUGUUUGAGGACGUAAUUAAGGAUCCCUCACUUGGAGUUCUCACCAUCAUAUAUGGUGCAGAUGUACUAUCUGCCUCUCCACAAGCCUCUCCUGUGCAGUCAGAUCGGUCACUUUCUUCGUCCACUGACUCCAAUGAAUCACGUGAUACAGUCAUCAUUGCGGAAAGCCCUUCCAGUAAACGAAUGAGGAUAGAUUCCGAAGCCAAAAGGUUGGUAGAAUCCAUUCUGAUCCAGAAACCAGGUGGGGAGCAAAUAAUAAAUGAAUACAACCGAACAAAGUCUUUGGGGGAUGAAACAAGGAGAAAAAUGGUUAACAUCCUGGCCGCUGAUAUGACAGAAAAAAAUGGUUCAUCCCCACCAAGGCAGGUGAAAGAAAAAUAUGCCAGAGGAAUUGUGGCUUUGUUUCCUUACCUCAGUGAUCCCUUUUCCAAAAAUGGCUAUGAGCAUUACUAUGAUGGUGAGAGCGGCACUGGAUACUUAGCAUGGAGAAUUAAGACUAUACAGAGAGGCUUGGCUAAAGAGAGACGAACAUCAUUUGAAGGACAAGGACCAUCUGCUGAGGGGAUGUCUGGUGGACCAACUAUAAGACGAGAACCACAAUUUGCUCCAGAGGCUGUCUUGAGUGAGGAUGAAUGCAAGGAAGCAAUUGCAUUCAUGAAGCAUUCUGCUGAUGAGGACUCCGUCAAGAUGAAAAUGAAGUUGACAUUUGACUAUCGCCAUGGCAUGGUUCUUGACCCUGUGCAGUCGAACAAUAUACUGACAGUCUUUCCACGUUUCAAAGACAUUAAAGGCUUGAUUGAACAAGACUUCGUUCUGAUGUUUGGAGGAGCAGUGUCAGGUAAGCUGCUGGAGAGGUGGCCAACCAUGUUCAAGAAAAAGGUUAUUCAGCAUUGCAAAAAUCUUCCGACCACCAGUGAUGUGCAAGAACUGCUGAUAGCUGCUGAACAUCCCACUGAUGACUCUGAAGAGAGUGCUAAUUUUGUUUGGGACAGUGAUCUCUCCUCCAAACUACUGCUUUUGCAUUUGAUCCCACCUUCUGCUCAAGGCAGGAAGAGGCCAGGAAAGGUGUCUGCUUCUCAAGCAGAGAGGCAUCUUGUUGUCUUCAAGAAGAGUGGAACAAACAUUGAAGAGCAUCUUCGAAACAUCACUGGGAGUGACCAACCCUAUCUCUUGGCUGGGGGACCUCAGAAGAACGCAGUUCAUCAGUACUUCAUCAUUCUUGAUCAGCAUGCCAUUCCGUGCAAGUCAACCUCUUCUCUUGGUGCCUUUGACGAACUGUUUAAGGCACACUUUGUAUUUGGCACUAAUUACAACACUAUGUUACACAACAUGUACACUUUCAUUCAGACGACUGUGUACAACAUAGAUGUUGGCAAAGUAAAAGAGAGUCCUUGUGUUGCGGAGGUUAGAGCAAGGCUUCUUAGCUAGGUGGCUUAAGGUAUCCAGACCAGAUGAAGUGUUUUGCUUGUCAGGCCGAGUUCAAUGGUUCAAAAUUACUUCUUAGGCACUUCAGAUUAGUUCAUGGUUUUGUUCCUGGAAAGAAUCUUCGCCUUAAAUGUGCAGAGUCAGGAUGUGGUUCAGUGUUUGGUAGUUUUUCAGGUUUUCGGAAACAUCUACACAUAAAACAUGCCGAAGAAAGUGACCAGAGUUUUGACGUCAUUGACAACUUGGACACUGCAGUGGCAGAUGCAGAGAGUAGUUCUGCAACAUUUGAUCAGGUUAGCAAUGCUGGAGAAGUGGCCACAACAUCUGCGUUGUUAAAGUCAAAUAAGAGCACUUUGGAUAUGUGUGCCUCUGCUGUUGCCCAACUAAACGUUGCUGGAUUAAGUCAGUCUGCUAUAAAUAGUUUUGUUUCAUCUAUGGAAGAAGUUGUUUCUGAAAUUCAUAGUCAGGCUAAGGAUGCAGCUUUGCUCUGUCUAUCUUCACAGGACACUGGUACUAAAAGGAAAAUAGAAAAUUCUUUUGAGGAACUAAAAAACCCAUUUACGUUGUUAAAUUCUGAUGCCAAAAGAAAGAAAUUGUUUGCAGAAAAAUGGGGAACUGGUGAACCAAGAGAAAUAGUUCUUGGAACACGAUUUGACAGCAGGAGAAAUAAAACCACAGGAACGUUUAAUCAAGUUAUUGUAACUGAUAGGUAUUCUUAUAUUCCCAUUUUAGAAACACUUAAGGCCAUUUUACAAAAUCCACAACUAACAAACUUGUUUAAACCCAGACAUGUCCCAAAGGAAGGUGUUUAUGUUGAUCUAAGUGAUGCAUCAUAUUUUAAAAGUAAUCCCUUAUUUGUAACUGAAAAGGAUGCUUUACAAAUUCAGCUAUUUUACGAUGAUUUUGAGACGGCUAAUCCUUUGGGUCCCAAAAAGGGUGUACACAAAUUGGGUGCAAUCUAUUUUACAUUAAGGAAUUUUCCCCCAAUUUUUAACUCCUCAUUAGUAAAUAUUCAUUUAUGUGCCCUUUUUCAUGCACAGGACAUUAGGCGUUAUGGUUUUAAUUCUAUACUUGAACCUCUUGUUAAUGAUUUAAAAGUGCUUGAGAUUAAAGGGAUUCAGAAUCCAGUAUCUGGACAUUGUAUCAGGGGUACGAUUGUUCAAGUCACUGGGGAUAAUCUUGGCUUACAUGGCUUGUUUGGGUUCCUUGAGUCAUUUGGGGCUCGAUAUUGCUGUCGUUUCUGUCUCCUUGAAAAAGAUCGCUUCCAAUCUGUGUUCUGUGAAGAUAACCCAGAAGUUGUACUUCGAACUACUGAAAUGCAUUCUUUGCACUGUGAGACAAUACAGACUGACUCUUCAUUACCUCACAUUUAUGGUGUUAAACGGGUGUGUUUGUUAAAUUCUCUCAAAUAUUUCAACACUGCCAACAAUUUUUCAGUGGAUAUAAUGCACGAAGUUCUAGAAGGAGUUGCACAGUUAGAGGUUAAACUUGUUUUGCAAUACAUUCAGCUUCAUUUUCUGAGUGCUAAUGAUCUUGCUGGCAGAAUACAUGCUUUUGACUAUGGUUAUAAUCAGCAGCGGAACCGUCCUCCAAUGGUCAAAUUGUUUGAUGGAAGCAAUGAUUUGGGUUUAAAUGCCAUCCAAUCUUGGUGCUUGUUGCGCAACAUGCCCCUAUUAUUUGGUGAUUUAAUACAGCAAGAUGAUAAGUACUGGCAUCUUUUGCUUUUACUUCUUCAAAUUGUUAACAUCAUAUUUUCUCCAGUCCUAACAGAAGGCAUGACCUUUUAUCUUAAACAUUUAAUAGCUGAACAUCACCAACUGUUUAAAAACUUGUUUCCAGAACGAAAUCUUUUACCCAAACAUCACUUCAUGCUGCACUACCCACGAAGCAUAAGAGAAAUUGGACCAAUUCUCCACAUGUGGUGUAUGCGUUAUGAAGCUAAACACAAAUUUUUUAAAACACAAUUGAAAAGCUUCAAAAACAUCACCAAAACACUAGCCAAAAAGCACCAGAGUUGUAUGGCAAUGUAUUGGGAGUCUUUUAGCCAUGAUAGAUUGUCUCUUGGCCCAGGAAAGAUGAUGGCGCUCAGUGAACUUAAAGGUGGUCAAGAAAUGGCCUCCAGACUUGGAGCGGUAAUGUCAGAUCUCAUCUAUUGUGUAAAGUGGAUCAAGCACCAUGGAACUGAGUAUCGCCCUGAUUUUAUAAUUUGUACUCAAGUAGCAUGUGAGAUGCCAGUGUUCUGCAAGAUUAAGACCAUUGCUGUAAAAGAUGAAAAUGUUUUGUUAUGCGGAACACUACUGGAAACUGUAUGUUUUGAUGACCAUUAUCAUUCAUUUAAAGUCAGACUGCACCCAGACAGAGUUUUAAAGGUUGUGAAUGUUGAGGAGUUAUGUUAUUUUAAACCAUUUGAUAUCCAGAUGAAAUACGGUACAACAGAUUCUGCACUGCAUGUAGUGCCGUACUGUCAUUUCAUGCAGACUUGAUGUUUGUGUUUUUUAUUUUUGUGCAUGUAUGUGUAUGUUUCUAAAGCCUGAAUGUGUUUUAAUAAAUGUUUUUAAGAGUUAAUUUGA